AUGAAGCUCUCCACAUUCCAGACCGCCCUUGGCGCGGCCUCAUUAUUCUUCAGUGCUCAACCUGUCUCUGCCGGUCAUGGGGGUCAUCGCCAUCUCCAUGAACGUCCCACGAGGAGACAAAGUCGUGUUGAGGACACCAUUGAGAGCUUCGAGAUGCCUCAGCUGCAAAAGAGAAAAAGCCAAUGCUCAUUGCCCGACCACCCCGACCUUGUCUAUGUCCCGGGAGGCAUGAACAAUGGUUUCGCCAUGAGCCCCGAUGAGCCAUGCGAAGACGGAAAAUGGUGCCCGUAUGCGUGUGUUCCUGGAAAGGUUAUGGCACAAUGGGAACCAAACUCGACCUACGUCUAUCCCCAGUCAAUGAACGGCGGUCUAUAUUGCAACAAAGGAACGCCUGAGAAGGCCUUCGACGACAAGCCAUACUGCGUGGAUGGAACCGGUGCUGUUCAGGUAGUUAACAAGGCUGGAAAGGUUGUGUCCUUUUGCCAAACUGUCUUGCCUGGUAACGAAGCCAUGAUUAUUCCCACCGACAUCCAGGGUCAGUCCAAGAUCGCUGUGCCUGGACCCUCUUAUUGGGACUCAACCGCUGCGCAUUACUAUAUCAACGCGCCUGGCGUCUCUUCUGCCGAGGGUUGCAUUUGGGGCAGCCCAGGCAAGCCCAUCGGAAACUGGAGUCCCUAUGUUGCUGGAGCAAACACCGUUUCCGCGGGCGAGACAUAUCUGAAGAUUGCCUGGAAUCCCAUUUACAUGGACUGCGACUGGAAGAAGACGAAGCCUAGCUUUGGCGUCAAGAUUGAGUGUCCCGCUGGAGGUUGCAAUGGUUUGCCGUGCUCCAUCGAUCCCUCCAAGCACGGUGUUGGGGGCUUGGAAAGCCCAGUUUCCACCAAGGGUGUCGGCGGUGCUCAGUUCUGCGUUGUCACUGUUCCCAAAGGGCAGACUGCCAACAUUGUAGUGUUCAACAUCGAUGGUUCCAGCGAUGAUGAGCCCAAGACCUCGACCACCAGAAAGCCUGACCCUCCCAAGACUACCUCAACCAAAGAGGCGCCCCCGCCGCCCAAGACUACCAGCACCAUGGAGACGCCCACUACCACAUCAACUCUUCCUCCCACCACUUCUUCUUCUUCUUCGGUUCGCAUAUCAUCAGCUCCAGUAUCCUCUGUAACCAGCACGGAAGAGUCUUCUGUUUUGUCCUCUGAGACACCAUCGGCCUCGAAGCCCGCGCUCUGGGGUGGUGUCUUCAAGGAGACCGGCACCGAUUCCACGCCUACCAGCGAAGCCUCCGAGACAACGGAAGCACCGGUACUGACGGAAACCGAAAAGCCCGCACCUGUCUCAACCACAUCGAAGAAGAACGACGGUGCAGCUCAAGAAGGUGGCGCUGCCAUUGCAGGUUUGGUUGUCGCCAUUGUCGCAGCUGCAACUCUUCUUUAAACUGCUGUCUCCACGCGGUUUUCGAAACUUAGUCCCUGGUGUUUGCCAGGAGGCUGAUUUUUGCUUUCUUUGUAUCAGACGUUGAAAUACCUUCUUCACCAUAUUCCGCGGUCGAUACACGAGGUACAUCCGGUCGAAUUGUACCU